GCCUUGUCCCCCCGCUGCAGCAGCGGUCUGAAGCGCCGCAGUGUGCUGUGGAGAAGCGCAGCGUUGGGCGGUUCCGUUGAAGGGUCUAGCUUAGCAAUGAACAGGAUAAGGAUCCAUGUGUUGCCGUCGAGCCGCGGGCGUGUGAGCCAGCCGCCCCGCCCCCAGGAGCCCAUGACCUGCGCCUUCACCCAGAGGCCCUGCUCCCAGCCCCGGCUGGACGGCCUGGAGUUCUGCAUCAAACACGUGCUGGAGGACAAGGGCGCCCCCUACAAGCAGUGCAGCUACGUCUCCACCAAGAACGGCAAGCGCUGCCCCGGCGCCGCCCCGAAGGUGGAGAAGAAAGACGGAGUGUCGUUCUGCGCGGAGCACGCCCGGAGAAACGCCAUGGCCCUCCGAGCUCAGCUCAGGAAGAGCUCUUCAGGGCCGUCCCCGGAGGCCCUGCUGGCCCAGCUCAGUGGGUACAGCCGCUCAGACGGCCUGGAGGGCGGCCGCAGCCUGGAGGACGGCCGCAGCGAGGCCAGCCGCAUCCUGGACGAGGACAGUCUGAGCGAGGAGGAGCCGGUGCCCUUGGUGCUGGACCAGACGUGGAGAGGAGACCCUGACAGUGAAGCAGACAGCAUAGACAGUGAUCAUGAAGACCCUCUCAAACACGCAGGGGUAUACACGGCGGAGGAGGUGGCACUGAUCACACGGGAGAAACUCAUCCGGCUGCAGUCGCUCUACAUCGACCAGUUCAAGCGCCUGCAGCACCUGCUUAAGGAGAAGAAAAGACGCUACCUGCACAACCGCAAGGUGGAGCAUGAGUCCAUAGGGAGCAGCCUGCUCACCGGCCCCGAGGGCCUGUCCCUGAAGGAGCGGGACAACCUGAAGAAGCUGAAGGCGCUGCGCCGCUACCGCCGGCGCUACGGGACGGAGGCGCUGCUGCACCGGCAGCUGAGGGAGAGGAGGCAGGCCGCCACGGAGGGCGCCCCCCAGCCCUACAACACGAUCACAGUGUACGAGAAGUGCAUCUCCUUCGUGGAGGGGACCCGCUGUACCAAUCCCAGCCUGCCUCUGACCCGGCACUGCGUUUCACACAUCCAUCAGGACGGCAGCCAGGUGCUCUUCAAGCUGUGUCCGGGCGUGAAGGAGGUCCCGUGCAACCGCACGGUGCACAUGGGCCAGUCGGAGGAGCCGCGCUGCCCCCUCCACCUGACCCUCCCACCCCCCAUGUACCAGCCCGAGCAGGCGCCGCCCCCGCAGGUGCAGCUCACCCCUGCAGCCAGAGACAUGUACCUGAGUGCUGCCGAGCUCCAGCCCACGGAGAGCUUGCCCCUGGAGUUCAGUGAUGACCUGGAUGUGGAAGGGGACGGGAUGCAGGGGCCCCCCUCUCCCCUGCAGUUUGACACAGCCCUGGCCCUGGAGGACCAGAGCAUCAGGGCCAUCGCCGAGGCGCCCAUGGACAUCCUGACGGAGGGCGGGGGCCUGGACGCCACGGGCCCAGAGCUGAGCGAGGGCGACAUGGACGCCAUCAUCCAGGACCAAGUCAACGCGCUGAUGGGCGGUGUCAGAGGAGGCCAGAGGAGACGACACUGAAGAGAUGAGGACCCCUGAAUCCUGUUUCCUCUCAACCAUCUCAUCGACGAGGAGCAUCUCGUUUUGAUUUAGAUCUGGCCAGCUAUGGCAAUGUCUACAAUGUAGAUCAGUUUCUCCUUGACAACCAUUUACUAGGCCCGUUCUACACGGUUACCGUUAUGAAUCAUCUGUUCUGUCUGGUUUGGUGUAUUUAAUUUGUUGUUGAUGGCUGUUCAGAUUUUACAAAUAAAUGUAUUAUGCCAUGCCAUGUGUCUACUCUUAAUAUU